AUGGUUCCAAGGGAUGAACCUGACCCGCCGCCCGCUGCGCUCAAGCAGCGCGACAAGCAUCCUGGCAACGGACCUGGUGCAGGGGGCAAAGGCACAACAGGCGCGGCGCCGGCUCCGAAGCCCAAGCCAGUCGAUCCUAGGGUGCUCCGAAAAAAGCUAAUCCAGGCAGACUUAGACCUUUUCGAGGACCUCACAACCGACGGUCCUGCACAGCUACCAAAGCCCAAACCCAAGCCCUCGGUUUCGGUCCCGAACAACGCGGCAGGCCCCGGGCCCAGCUCAGCACGUCUCAAUGGCGCCUCGAAGCUCGCAUCCUCAGCGGCAGCGGCAGCCGGCGGGAAAGCCGGCUGUCGUGGUUCCGGAGCCGGUCCAGCACGGGGCAAGGCGCCUGGCGGCAGCAACACCGCAGUUAACGGCUCCAAGCCAGGAGGGCAGCAACACCAGCAGCUUGGGCAGCCUCGUGGCAACGCCUCGCCAGCGGGUACGGCUGCGGGGCAGAAAGCCCCCCGUCCCGGCGCACCUGGACCCGCUACAAACGGCACCGGCAGCCGUACGGCACCGACAAAUCACCAACGACAAGUUGUAGCUACGCCGUCGGGUCGGCCGCCACAGCCCCAGGGCCUGACGGGGUCUCGCCCGCCGGGUCAUACGGCAGUCGCAGCCGUCGGCAAGGGCGCCGCGGCCGCUCGCUGCUUUGUUUGUGUUUUUCACUUGCAUGGCGUACAACGAGCUAACGAAAAUGUACGGAAUUGUGAAUGUACGGCGACGCGCAGGUACGAUCCGAGUCGCUACCGUGACGAUCCGUUUGACGACAGGAUGAUGGAGGCCUCUUGGCGUCAAGUGGUGGCGGAGGAGAAGCGGAGCGAGCGAAUGGGUGAGUGCCCCUGCCGGGUAGAUGGAUACGCGGAAGCUUCCUUAGCGGAGGAGGAGACGGGGGGUGGGCGGCGCGAGCGGGUCGGCAGGUCGGCGGGCCGAAUGGAGGACGAGAUGGCGGAGGAGGAGGAGGAGCGACACCGGAAGGAAAAGCUCAAACGUCUCAAGGCGGUCGCCAAGAAGCAGCGAACUGGCUGA